CGUUUUGAAAAAAUAUCUGCGUUUUAAAAAUGUGGAUCAAAAUCAAGUUAUUUAUUAAAACUAAUGAUUUAAUCUAAAAUUAUGGAAUAUGACAAAUAAGCUUCUAAAAUUAAUUAAACAUUACAAAUAAGCAAAAUAACCUAAAAAUAUGGAAAAAAUGACAAGUAAGAAAAGUCACUAAUAUUAAUAUAGAUUUCAGUUGAGAGUGCGCAUAUCAUAUAUGUCCACUGAUAAUAACAUUAUUAAUCAUGCAAAAUUUUAUUUUAUGAUAUAACUCAAUAUUAAAUUGUGUGAUUACGUUGACGUAACCGGCUAUUAGAGAAAUGAACUCAAAUAUACCCGAAACAAGUUUUUGUUUCCAAACUAGUUUUAAAAGGUCAAAAUGUUCAAAAUAAGUUUUAUUAAAGAGAUAAAUGAAAAUUAUAAAUCUUCUUGUAAGUUUUAUUAAAGGUCAAAAUUAUCAAAAUAAAUUUUAUCAAAUUUAGAAAGAUAUCAUUCAUAUUUAGGAAGAACUUCUUAAAUAUACAUACAAUUUACAUUCAAGAUUACACAUUUAUAAACCAUUCCUCAAUUCAGGAAAUUAUUUUUACAAAUUCAGAAAGAUAUCCUACAUGCUAAGGAAGGUUUUCCUAGGAUUGUUUUAAAAGGAGUUAUUGGAAAUAUAUAUUUUAGAAAAAGAAAUUUUGAAAAAGAUAUUUUGACUUUGUUAUUUUUUUUAAUAAUUUUAUAUUAUGAUUAUCUAAAAUUGUAAACGAUGAUAUAAUUGUCAUUACCCAUUUAAUGAAACAUAUUUUGAUCACUUUAAUUUUGGAGCUAUCUAAAAUACACUAAAGUGGAAAAAAAUAUUUAGGAGAUUUUCUCCAACUAUUAUUAUUUAGUGAUUUUAUGAAGACCCAUAAGUAAUCAAUUUUACAGCUAAUUAUUAAUAUAUGCGUCAUUUAAAAACCAUCAUGAUAAUAAUUUUGUUUCUCUUCAUAUUUUAAACCAAUCAUUAAAUUAUAUAUACGGGGGUUUUAAUAAAAAUAUAUAUAAUCAUCAAAUUUUGGAAACAUUGAAGAAUUAUAAAUAAUUAAAAAAAUUCUUUAUACACUAUAUUCAUUGAUUAUACAAAAUUAUUUAUUUACUUGAUUAGUAUUUAAUUAUUCAUCUGUUUUUCUUAAUUUUUAAAUUUUGAUAAUUGACAAAUAUUCUUUUUAAAUAAUAACACAAUAUAUAUUAGUUUUUAAUGUGUUUUUAGUCUUAAAUUGUUUUUUUUUAUAAUUUUAAUUUAUAAUUAGUUAUAUAAUCUAAAUAAUAAAUCUAGUUAUUCAUUAAGGUAUCAAUGAUAUUAAACUUUUCCAUUGGAUUCUGAAAUCAAAGCAAGUGAUUAAUUUUAAAAUUCUAUAAUCUUAACCACAAAGAAAUACACAACAAUAUCUGAUUCUAAUUAUACAGCCAAAACACGUGUCCAGGUGAGAAAGGAUGCCAUAAAAAAUCAAGAACCAAUUGAUGAACACCAAAUAAUAAAGAGAAGAAACAAAUAAAACAAAACAAAUUUCGUUUGAGUGCCAAAAAAAGAAUGAAAUAAUACAUUAACAAAAUGGGUAAAAUAGAGAAUCUAGCACGGGGUCCACAUGAGCUAAAACGGUGGAGAAGUCCGUCGUUUGAAUGUCGAAUAAAAAGGAGGAGACGUUUUUCCCUCUGCAAUAGAACCUAUCUCUCUCGGGUGUCAGUGUUAUCAAGUGUUGAAACGACAGAGAGGGACGCCGUUUCGUGGAGAACGGAAAGAGAUGUCAGGUCUCGAGAAUAUCAAGAACGAGAAUGUUGAUCUGGAAAAAAUUCCAAUUGAGGAAGUUUUCCAGCAGUUAAAAUGUACAAGUGAAGGGUUAACGACGCAGGAAGGGGAGGACAGGAUCCAGUUAUUUGGCCCCAACAAGCUCGAAGAGAAGAAGGAAAGCAAGAUUCUCAAGUUUCUGGGGUUCAUGUGGAAUCCACUUUCAUGGGUUAUGGAAGCUGCGGCUAUCAUGGCCAUUGCUUUGGCCAAUGGUGAUGGCAGACCUCCGGAUUGGCAAGAUUUUGUUGGUAUCAUCUGUCUGCUUGUUAUCAACUCCACUAUCAGUUUCAUUGAAGAAAACAAUGCUGGUAAUGCUGCAGCUGCUCUCAUGGCUGGUCUUGCUCCUAAAACCAAGGUUCUUAGGGAUGGAAAAUGGAGUGAACAAGAAGCUGCUAUACUUGUCCCAGGUGAUAUUGUUAGCAUUAAACUUGGAGACAUCAUCCCAGCCGAUGCCCGUCUUCUCGAAGGUGAUCCUUUAAAGGUUGAUCAGUCUGCUCUAACCGGAGAGUCUCUCCCAGUGACCAAGCACCCUGGUCAAGAAGUUUACUCUGGUUCAACUUGCAAGCAAGGAGAAAUCGAAGCAGUUGUUAUAGCUACAGGAGUCCGCACCUUCUUUGGUAAAGCUGCUCACCUUGUGGACAGCACUAACCAAGUUGGCCACUUCCAGAAAGUUCUCUCGUCCAUUGGAACCUUCUGUAUCUGCUCAAUUGCUACCGGUAUGGUGAUUGAAAUAAUAGUCAUGUACGGUAUUCAAAAAAGGAAGUACAGAGAUGGAAUUGACAACCUCUUGGUCCUCUUGAUCGGUGGUAUCCCCAUCGCUAUGCCGACGGUGCUGUCCGUGACUAUGGCUAUUGGCUCUCACAGGCUGUCUCAGCAAGGUGCCAUCACCAAACGUAUGACUGCCAUAGAAGAACUGGCGGGGAUGGAUGUCCUGUGCAGUGACAAAACCGGGACGCUAACACUCAAUAAACUGAGUGUGGACAAGGACUUGGUCGAGGUUUUCUGCAGGGGAGUUGAGAAAGGUCAAGUCUUAUUAUUUGCAGCCAUGGCUUCUAGGAUUGAGAACCAGGAUGCUAUUGAUGCAGCCAUGGUUAAUAUGCUUGGUGAUCCAAGGGAGGCCCGAGCUGGGAUCAAGGAGGUUCACUUCCUUCCAUUCAACCCUGUGGACAAGAGAACUGCUUUGACUUACAUCGACUCUGAUGGUAACUGGCAUAGAGUCAGCAAAGGCGCACCCGAGCAGAUCCUCGACCUUGCUAAUGCCAGGCCUGCGCUUAGGCAGAAGGCACUCGCUACUAUUAACAACUACGCAGAGCGCGGUCUUAGGUCAUUGGCAGUAGCUCGUCAGUUGGUCCCUGAGAAAACAAAAGAAAGCUCAGGUGGACCAUGGGAGUUUGUUGGCUUGUUGCCUCUCUUUGACCCUCCAAGACAUGACAGUGCUGAAACCAUUCGUAGGGCUUUGAACCUUGGUGUUAACGUUAAAAUGAUUACUGGUGAUCAACUUGCUAUUGGUAAGGAAACUGGUCGCAGGCUUGGGAUGGGAACCAAUAUGUAUCCAUCUGCGGCUCUUCUCGGUACCGACAGGGACUCAAACAUUGCCUCCGUUCCUAUUGAGGAGUUGAUUGAGAAGGCUGAUGGGUUUGCUGGCGUCUUUCCAGAGCACAAAUAUGAGAUUGUGAAAAAGCUGCAAGAGAUGAAACACAUUGUUGGAAUGACUGGUGAUGGUGUCAAUGAUGCUCCUGCUUUGAAGAAAGCUGACAUUGGUAUUGCUGUGGCUGAUGCUACUGAUGCUGCUCGUGGUGCUUCUGAUAUCGUUCUCACCGAACCUGGUUUGAGUGUUAUCAUCAGUGCAGUGCUCACUAGCAGAGCUAUCUUCCAGAGAAUGAAGAACUAUACAAUUUAUGCAGUCUCAAUCACAAUCCGUAUUGUUUUUGGUUUCAUGCUCAUUGCUCUGAUAUGGGAAUUUGACUUCUCAGCCUUCAUGGUUCUGAUUAUUGCCAUCCUUAAUGAUGGUACUAUCAUGACAAUCUCAAAGGAUAGAGUCAAGCCAUCUCCAACACCUGAUAGCUGGAAGCUCAAUGAAAUCUUUGCCACUGGAAUUGUGUUGGGAGGCUACCAAGCCGUUAUGAGUGUGAUUUUCUUCUGGGUGAUUCACAAGACUGACUUCUGCUCGGACAAGUUUGGUGUGAGGUCAAUCAGGGACAAUAACGAUGAACUAAUGUCUGCUGUGUACCUACAAGUUAGUAUCAUCAGUCAAGCGCUUAUAUUCGUCACGAGGUCAAGGAGCUGGUCAUUCGUUGAACGUCCUGGGGCGCUUCUGAUGAUUGCAUUCGUCAUUGCACAACUGGUUGCUACUUUGAUUGCAGUGUAUGCAGAUUGGACUUUUGCAAGGGUGAAAGGUAUAGGUUGGGGAUGGGCUGCCGUGAUUUGGGUUUACAGUAUUUUAACAUACAUCCCACAAGAUAUUUUGAAGUUUGCCAUUAGAUACAUCUUGAGUGGAAAGGCUUGGGUCAGCAUGUUUGACAAAAGGACCGCUUUGACGACCAGGAGAGAUUACGGAGCUGGAGAAAGACAAGCUGAGUGGGCGACCGAACAAAGGACGCAGCACGGUCUGCAGACAAGACAAGAGGUCAACGUCUUCCCAGAGAACGGGGGUUACAGAGAGCUGUCUCAGAUCGUUGAGCAAGCCAAGAAAAGGGCCGAGAUAGCUAGGCUUAGGGAGAUUCACACAUUUAAGGGACAUGUUGAAUCAGUUGCAAAGCUAAAGGGCUUGGACAUUGAUACAUCAGGACAUCACUACACUCUGUAGUUGCCAUAACUAUUCCCAAAAACUCUCUUUUUUUCUAUUGUUAGUCAUUGUUCCUAAACUUCUAAAAUGGAGCUUUGUAUUUGCCUUUGAAGAAACAAGGCUUUUGACUUGGACUACAUCCUUUUCAAUGGUCUAAUGUGAACCUGUUGCUCUCUCGUUUCCAUUUUCUGUUUUUUUAACAAAUUCCAUCUUUGAUAUAUAAUAUUUGAAUCAUGUUAUUCA